GUCAUCGUCCACUACACGUCAACAUUCAACACUUGACACACUCCCAUCGCCUCUUCUUGACACCUACAGCCCUCACUCUACCCACAGAGGCAUCAAGUACACGCUAGGAGCACACCCCGGCGACCCAAGACACCGUCAGAGCCUUGGCCCCGCCACCCGCGACUGAUAGACGCGCGACCCGUGCCCCCCGGCUCCCCCCCGUCAACUCCGCAUCUCUCCUCCCGCCAGUCAUCGCAAACUCGUCUGACUAGAUCGCUCUCCAUUCCCGCUCACAACAACCUACCUACACAUCGCAUUUGCAUACUCCUUCUCAUAACCCAUUCAUCAUGUCGUGGAAGCUCGGAAAGAAGUUCAAGGACUCGGGAUUGCUGAAAUCCCACAACACGCCGUCGCCGGCCGACAACUCGCGCUCCACGACGCCGACGCCAGGAAACCCUCACCCGGGAGAGUCGACACCGAUCCUCAGCCCGCCCGUGGCCCGCAGCGGUAUCCUCCGUAUCCGCGUGACUGCAGGCAAGGGCCUCAGCCUCCCCCAAGGCGUCCCCGUGCCCCCUCCGGUCCAGACUGCUCUGCAGCAGCACCCCACGUCGGCGUUAAGCGCAUCGCUGUCGUCGUCGCCCCGCGUCACGACCAGCAACCGCGCCGGACCCAAUCGCGACAGUCUGCAGCGCAAGCAGUUGUGGUGGCUCCCGUACGUGGUCCUCGAGUUCGACAAGAAUGAAGUGCUCGUCGACGCGCUGGGAGGUGAUCUCGCCAACCCCCGCAACUUUCGACGUUAG